CUUUACUCAGCAAUUUGGGGUCCUGUAAGCUUGCACCUGGGAAGAAGGAGAUUUUGCGAACGUUGCACACUCACCAGGCGCUGUGGUGUAAAUCCCCUGCAAAACCAGCUGUAACAAAUGAUCACAGUCUUACUGGCUCCCUACAACACAGCUUUAUCGUCUUACACUUCUGCGAGCCACAGUCUGAAAUGGCGCUCACUAGGUUGGACUCCAGGUGUUGGCAGGGCUGUGUUCCCUCCGGAGGCGCUAGGGGAGAAUCUGUGUUCUUGCCCCUUCCAGUUUCUGGAAACCGCCUGCAUUUCUUGGCUUACGCCCACUUCUUCCAGCUUCAAAGCUCACAGUGCAGCUUCUUCAAAUCACUCUAUGACUCUGAGCCUUCUGCACCCCCUUUUCACAUCGAAGGCCCACCCAGGAAUCCCAUAUAAGCAACUGACUGUUGGAAUCCCCAAAGAAAUUUUCCAGAAUGAGAAGCGAGUGGCCUUGUCUCCUGCCGGCGUGCAGGCCUUGGUCAAGCAGGGCUUUAACGUUGUCGUGGAGUCGGGUGCUGGCGAAGCGUCCAAGUUCUCAGAUGAUCACUACAGAGCAGCGGGGGCCCAGAUCCAAGGAACGAAGGAAGUGCUGGCCUCUGAUUUGGUCGUCAAAGUGCGAGCCCCCAUGGUUAACCCCACGUUAGAUAUUCACGAAGCUGACCUUUUGAAGACGUCGGGAACACUGAUUAGUUUUAUUUAUCCAGCCCAAAAUCCAGACUUGCUAAAUAAACUUUCCAAAAGAAAAACUACAGUGUUGGCGAUGGACCAGGUUCCAAGAGUCACCAUUGCUCAGGGAUACGAUGCGCUCAGCUCCAUGGCCAACAUUGCCGGUUACAAGGCUGUUGUACUAGCAGCAAAUCAUUUUGGACGGUUUUUCACUGGUCAGAUCACAGCUGCUGGAAAAGUCCCUCCAGCGAAGAUUCUGAUAGUUGGCGGUGGUGUUGCUGGGCUCGCCUCUGCGGGUGCCGCCAAGUCGAUGGGCGCCAUUGUCCGCGGGUUCGACACCAGAGCCGCGGCCUUGGAGCAGUUCAAGUCUCUCGGCGCCGAGCCCUUAGAGGUGGACUUGAAGGAGUCUGGCGAGGGACAAGGCGGAUACGCAAAGGAGAUGUCCAAGGAGUUCAUUGAAGCGGAGAUGAAGCUGUUCGCUCAGCAGUGCAAGGAGGUGGACAUUCUCAUCAGCACCGCCCUCAUUCCAGGUAAAAAAGCUCCAGUCUUGUUCAACAGAGAAAUGAUCGAGUCGAUGAAGGAGGGUUCCGUGGUGGUGGACCUGGCUGCCGAGGCCGGCGGGAACUUCGAAACCACCAGGCCGGGAGAGCUGUACGUUCACAAGGGGGUUACUCACAUCGGCUACACAGACCUCCCCAGCCGUAUGGCCACCCAGGCCAGCACCCUGUAUUCCAACAACAUCACCAAGCUCCUGAAGGCCAUCAGCCCUGACAAAGAUAACUUUCAUUUUGAAGUGAAAGAUGACUUUGACUUUGGGACAAUGGGUCAUGUUAUUAGAGGAACUGUCGUGAUGAAGGACGGCGAAGUUAUUUUCCCCGCCCCCACACCGAAAAACAUCCCUCAGGAGGCCCCGGCGAAACAGAAGACAGUGGCCGAGCUGGAGGCCGAGAAAGCAGCUACCAUCACGCCCUUCAGGAAAACCAUGACAACGGCUUCCGCGUACACAGCAGGUCUCACUGGGAUUCUGGGUUUGGGCAUAGCAGCUCCCAACCUAGCCUUUUCCCAGAUGGUGACGACGUUUGGCUUAGCCGGCAUUGUGGGCUACCACACUGUCUGGGGAGUGACCCCUGCCCUCCACUCCCCACUGAUGUCUGUGACGAAUGCAAUCUCAGGGCUGACUGCAGUCGGUGGGCUGGCACUGAUGGGGGGAAAUUUGUACCCUUCCACCACCUCUCAGGGCCUGGCCGCCCUUGCCACCUUCAUCUCCUCCGUCAACAUCGCAGGUGGCUUUCUGGUGACUCAGAGAAUGCUGGACAUGUUUAAGCGUCCCACUGACCCCCCAGAGUACAAUUAUCUGUAUUUGCUCCCUGCUGGUACCUUUGUCGGAGGAUAUUUAGCUGCUCUCUCCAGUGGCUAUAACAUUGAACAAAUCAUGUACCUGGGCUCAGGUCUGUGCUGUGUCGGUGCCCUGGCUGGUCUUUCCACCCAGGGAACAGCUCGCCUUGGCAAUGCACUGGGUAUGGUCGGUGUGUCCGGAGGCCUAGCAGCCACCCUUGGAGGCCUGAGCCCGACGCCAGAAUUGUUGGCUCAGAUGUCUGGAGCAAUGGCUUUGGGUGGCACCAUUGGAUUGACGAUUGCCAAACGCAUCCAGAUUUCGGACCUACCGCAGUUAGUUGCUGCUUUCCACAGUCUGGUGGGCUUGGCGGCCGUGCUGACUUGCAUCGCCGAGUACAUUGUGGAGUACCCACAUUUCGCCACGGACGCGGCAGCAAACCUCACCAAGAUCGUGGCCUACCUGGGCACUUACAUCGGCGGGGUCACCUUCAGUGGGUCUCUGAUCGCCUACGGGAAGCUGCAGGGUCUCCUGAAUUCCGCCCCCCUCCUGCUCCCGGGAAGGCACCUGCUCAACGCCGGCCUGCUGGCGGCCAGUGCGGGGGGCAUCGUCCCGUUCAUGGUGGACCCCAGCUUCGCCACCGGCAUCCUCUGCCUGGGCUCCGUGUCGGCGCUCUCGGCUGUCAUGGGUGUGACUUUGACGGCUGCGAUCGGGGGUGCUGACAUGCCCGUUGUCAUCACUGUGCUGAACAGCUACUCAGGCUGGGCCCUGUGCGCCGAGGGCUUCCUGCUCAACAACAACCUGCUGACCAUCGUGGGCGCGCUCAUCGGCUCCUCCGGGGCCAUCCUGUCCUACAUCAUGUGUGUGGCAAUGAACCGCUCCCUGGCUAAUGUGAUUCUUGGAGGCUAUGGCACCAGCUCGACAGCUGGCGGGAAACCCAUGGAGAUUUCUGGCACGCACACGGAAAUCAACCUGGACAACGCGAUUGACAUGAUUCGAGAAGCAAGCAGCAUUAUUAUUACUCCGGGCUACGGCCUCUGCGCAGCCAAGGCCCAGUACCCCAUCGCCGACCUGGUGAAGAUGCUCACGGAGCAGGGCAAAAAAGUCAGGUUUGGAAUUCACCCAGUUGCAGGCAGGAUGCCUGGCCAGCUUAAUGUGCUGCUGGCUGAGGCUGGGGUGCCAUAUGAUAUCGUGUUAGAAAUGGACGAGAUCAACCACGAUUUCCCAGACACUGAUCUGGUCCUUGUGAUUGGAGCUAAUGACACCGUCAACUCAGCCGCUCAGGAAGACCCCAACUCUAUUAUUGCAGGCAUGCCAGUUCUCGAGGUCUGGAAAUCCAAGCAGGUCAUUGUUAUGAAGAGGUCCUUGGGUGUUGGCUACGCUGCCGUGGACAAUCCAAUCUUCUACAAACCGAACACAGCUAUGCUUCUGGGCGAUGCCAAGAAGACAUGUGAUGCCCUACAGUCGAAAGUUCGAGAAUCCUACCAGAAGUAGAUUUCAAAGGUCAAGCUGUUGUCUAACAAAGCCACCUCUUUAAUUGUGGGAACAGGCAAUGAAGGUAUCGAUAUAAACAGUAUGUAGCUGUAGCAAAGCUCUUGGAAGAAAAAGAAGACCCUGAAGAAAGCGAAGCAAAUGCAGGGAAAUUUUUUUAAAGAGCCUUUUUAAAAAGGAUUGAAAAUUUGAAAUGUCUUUCUGUGUAUAUUUUUUUGGUGUUAUGAAUCAAAAGUAUUUUAUAAAAGAAGAAAAGAAGAACCUCAUUUUCAGUAUAAUCCAUUUGGAUUUUUAAAAAUUCCUGCUCAGUAACUAGCAAUGUUUUAAGAAAUUAAGUCUAGGAUUUGAAGACUUAACCAAACACAGAUCUGAAAAAUCUGACACAGAUUAAACAUUAGAGGCACCUGUAAUGGUUUUGCAACAAAUGUGACUAAUUUGAAACUUGUAUCAGCUCCUGACCUUUAACUGUAAUCUGAAUCACCCAUAUCAAAUUGGUUUCAGUUUUUCAAACUGUACUUUCAAUUGUAGAUUUCAGGGGUGUAUUUUCUCACUUCUAUUUUAAUACAUUAAAGGACUAAGUGAUUGCCCAAAGAUGCUAGAAACAGUCAUUCUCUUUGUAUGUUUCAUCAGAACACCAAUGAAACAUAAUGUGAAAUCAGUAUUAGUUGUAUUUUUUUAAAGCCCUAUUUCUAAUCGGUGAUCUCUUUAAUUUCAAUCAAUUUAUAAUGUGUAGUACUGUACUAAGUGCACUUGAAUGGAAUUCAACUAUUUGCCUAAUAAAAUGAGUUCGUUAUG